GCAGCCCAUUUGGUUACAGCCUCUCCUCCCUCCUUUGCAUGCAACCCCCUGCAGGCCCAGCUGAGAGCCCCGUCCCCACGGCGGGGGCUCCUUCUCAGGCAGGUUCCCAGACCUGGGCGACACAGCCAACCCCAGGGCUCCCGAUGCUUCCAGGCCUUGGGUCCAGGGCAGAAGGACCACCCAGAGCCCCAAGGUACACUGCUCCUAGGCAGGCCGAGAGGUCCCCGCUCCAGGACUGUCCCUACCCCAGCCGCAGACUAGAGGGUCCCCCCAGACGGGCUCCUGGGGUCCCCCCUGCAGUCUCCUCCUGACUGCUGAGGUGCCACCCCGGUGCUGCAGAGCAAAGGGGUUGCUUGCUCCCCAGGCACUGGUCCCUCCGAGACCCUCCCACAAGCAGCUGGAGAGCCUGGGACCCUCAGGCGGAAGAAUCCUGGGUGUCCCUCUCCCUGUCCAGGAGCAGGAUGGGUGCCCAGGGGCUGGGGUGCAGCAAGGCAUCGAGGUCACAGUCAGUGGCUGCUCAAAGCCUGCCUGCCCAAAUCACAGCUGGCCAGUCUUGGUGGCAUCUGACCAACAGGAACUGACGUGCGGAAACCUCGGGCCCAGAGACGUGAGGGCGUCCUCAGGGGCCCCUGGGCGUGGCAGGUGAGUUUUGCUAAGCAAAUCUUCCACCCCUCCCAGCCCCAAGUCACCAUAUCUGGGCCCCCAACUCGCCCCCUGGCCAUCCCUGCAGAGGCCGCCACCUGCCAUGCUGUGCCUGGCUCUGCUGGGCCUCUCCGCUCUGCUGGGCCUGGCGGCGGGGGCCCCGCUGUGCCUGUCCCGGCAGCUCAGGAUGCAGGGCGACUACGUGCUGGGGGGGCUCUUCCCCCUGGGCGCGGCUGAGGACACAGGCCUCUGCGACAGGACACAGCCCAACACCACCACGUGCACCAGGUUGUCCCCGCUCGGCCUGCUCUGGGCACUGGCAGGAAAGAUGGCCGUGGAGGAGAUCAACAGAGGGUCUUCCCUGCUGCCCGGGACGCUCCUGGGCUACGACUUCUUCGACACAUGCUCAGACCCUGUGGUGGCCAUAAAGCCCAGCCUCAUGUUCAUGGCCAAGGCAGGCGGCCGAGACGUAGCCGCCCACUGCGACUACUCGCAGCACCAGCCCCGCGUGCUGGCGGUCAUCGGGCCCCAGUCUUCCGAGCUCGCCCUCAUCACCGGCAAGCUCUUCGGUUUCUUCCUCAUGCCCCAGGUCAGCUACGGUGCCAGCAUGGACAAGCUGAGCGACCGGGAAGCCUUCCCGUCCUUCUUCCGCACGGUGCCCAGCGACCAAGUGCAGGCGACGGCCAUGGUGGAGCUGCUGCUGGCGCUGCACUGGAACUGGGUGGCCGCCCUGGCCAGCGACGAGGAGUACGGCCGGCAGGGCCUCAGCCUCUUCUCCAGCCUGGCCAGCACGAAGGGCAUCUGCAUCGCGCAGGAGGGCCUGGUGCCUCUGCCCGGAGUCACAGGUGAGCAGCUGGGCACCAUGUGGGACCUGCUGCGCCAGGUGAACCAGAGCAGCGUGGAGGUGGUGGUCCUCUUCUCCUCCGCCCGGGCCGCCCGCACUCUCUUCAGCUACAGCAUCCGAAGCAGGCUCUCGCCCAAGGUGUGGGUGGCCAGUGAGGCCUGGCUGACCUCGGACCUGGUCAUGACGCUGCCCGGCAUGGCGCAGGUGGGCACCGUGCUGGGCUUCCUGCAGCAGGGCGCCCCGCUGCCCGACUUCGAGUCCUACGUGCAGACCCGCCUGGCCAUGGCCGCAGACCCCGCCUUCUGCGCCUCACUGGACUCAAAGCGGCCGGGCCCGGAGGACCACGUGGUGGGGCCGCGCUGCCCCCAGUGCGACCACAUCUCACUGGACAACGUGUCCGCGAGCCUCCGGCACCACCAGACCUUCGCGGCCUACGCGGCGGUGUACGCCGUGGCCCAGGCCCUGCACAACACGCUGCUGUGCGGCACCUCGGGCUGCCCCGCGCGGGAGCCCGUGCAGCCCUGGCAGCUCCUGGAAAACAUGUACAACAUGAGCUUCCAGGCGAGCGGCCUUGAGCUGCGGUUUGACACCAGCGGGAACGUGGACCUGGGCUACGACCUGAAGCUGUGGGUGUGGCAGGACCAGAUACCUGAGCUGCGCACCGUGGGCAGCUUUGAUGGCCGCCUGCAGCUGCAGCCGUCCCGGAUGAACUGGCACACGCCGAGGAACACGAUGCCCAUGUCCCAGUGCUCGAGGCGCUGCGAGGAGGGCCAGGUGCGCCGCGUGAAAGGCUUCCACUCCUGCUGCUACGACUGUGUGGACUGCACGGCCGGCAGCUACCAGCGCAGCCCAGACGACCUCCUCUGCACCCAGUGUGAGCAGGACCAGUGGUCACCAGACAAGAGCCUGCGCUGUUUCCCCCGCAAGCCCAAGUUCCUGGCGUGGGGGGAGCCGGCCACACUGCUGCUGCUUGCGCUGCUGGGCCUGGUGCUGGGCCUGGUGCUGGCGGCCCUGGGGCUAUUUGUCUGGCACCGGGACAGCCCCUUGGUCCGGGCCUCGGGCGGGCCUCGGGCCUGCUUUGGCCUGGCCUGCCUGGGCCUCGUCUGCCUCAGUGCCCUCCUGUUCCCUGGCCGGCCCAGCCCCGCCCACUGCCUGGCCCAGCAGCCGCUGCUGCACCUCCCGCUGUCCGGCUGCCUGAGCACCCUCGUCCUGCAGGCAGCCGAGGUCUUUGUGGAGUCAGAGCUGCCAUCAAGCUGGGCUGCCCGGCUGCGCAGCCACCUGCGGGGGCCCCAGGCCUGGCUGGCAGUGCUGCUCGCCGUGCUGGUGGAGGCUGUGCUGUGCGCCUGGUCCCUGGGGGCCUUCCCACCCGAGGUGGUGACGGACUGGCAGGUGCUGCCCACGGAGGCGCUGGUGCACUGCCGCAUGCGCUCCUGGGUCGGCUUUGGCCUGCUGCACACAGCCAACGCCACGCUGGCGUUGCUGUGCUUCCUGGGCACCUUCCUGGUGCGCAGCCAGCCUGGCCGCUACAACGGCGCCCGCAGCCUCACCUUUGCCACGCUGGCCUACUUCAUCACCUGGGUCUCCUUCGUGCCUCUAUUCGCCAACGUGCCCGUGGUCCACCAGCCCACCGUGCAGAUGGGCGCCAGCCUGCUCUGCGCCCUGGGCAUCCUGGGCACCUUCCACCUGCCCAAGUGCUGCUUGCUGCUGUGGCAGUCAGAGAGCAACACUCCCGAGUUCUUCUUGGGAGGGGUUCCUGGCGAUGCCAGAGGGCACGGUGGCAGCAGGGGUGGACAGGAGACUGAGCAAAAACCAGUAGCCCAUGACCCAGUGGCUUCGCCCCACUGAAACCAGACCUGAUGCCCACACAAACCACCCGAAGGCUGUUGCACCCUGCUAGGCACUGCCCCCACCUCUAGAUUGUUCCCAGGCUGCCUGCUGACCUUCACCAAAUGACCCCGGGACUGAAUGGGCCCUGUGAGAUCUCACCACCUGGGCACCGGGGGCCAGGACAGCCAGGGACAGCUGUCCUUGUCAUGCUGCCCAGGGACCCUGCAGAGAGGGGCUGGAGGUCUCCCAGGCCCCUGAGGCCCACACUGUGCUCAGGGGAGCCCCACAGCUGGGCCAAGCCUGGGUCCCCCACCAGCACCCCACCAAUCAUCACUGGAGCGAGCGGGAGGCUGGCAAGUGGCUGGGGCUGCCCAACCAGGGGCCCCAGCGCAGGAGAGAGGCCCACUCGUGUGGAGAGGGACACCAGCUUCCUUCUCUCUUCCUGCCCUGAGUGGGUAGAACGGGUCGGCCCACCACCAGCACCGUGGACAGAGCCCAGCCAGGGUUGGGGGUCAGCACCAAGGCCAGCGCCAGCUGCCAGGAGGGGACCCCUGGAACCAGCACUUCGUACAGAAGACUUUCUGCCAGGACCUGGCCAGCUGCCAGCGCGGGUUGGCGCCUCUUCACUGAACUGGGCCCGAGGACAGUGCCUGGCUAGUCCUGGGCCGGCUCCGGCCCGACCCCAGGGAGCCUAGACCUGCUCCCACACCCCCCCUCCUUAAGGCAGCCGGACACAGGAAAAGAGACACAGGCCACACGUCAGUCCCAUA